CUUCACAGCUCCACGUGUCCAGUUGUGAUCGUGACCCUUCUCAAGUCUCUCCCUAGCCCGGGUCGACCCAAAGGUCCAGCAGCCUCUUCUCCGCCGCCACCCCGCCGCCUCCGGCCACCGCCGAACCCGAGAAGGAAGGAGGGAGGACCUUGAGGCUGAGGAGUGGUAGGAGGAGAAGAUGGUGAGCUCUUCGUCGCCGGUGGUGAACGUGUACCCGCUCGCCAACUACACGUUCGGCACCAAGGAGCCCAAGAUGGAGAAGGACACCUCCGUCGCCGACCGCCUCGCCCGCAUGAAGGUCAACUACAUGAAGGAAGGAAUGCGCACAAGCGUUGAAGCAAUCCUACUGGUGCAAGAGCACAACCACCCCCACAUACUGCUCCUGCAAAUUGGAAAUACAUUUUGCAAACUUCCUGGUGGACGGUUGAAGCCUGGAGAAAAUGAAAUUGAAGGUCUGAAAAGAAAGUUGUGCAGCAAACUUGCAGUGAACUCGCCUUCCUUUCCACCUAACUGGCAGGUUGGAGAGUGUGUUGCUGUGUGGUGGAGGCCGAACUUUGAGACUGUGAUGUAUCCUUACUGCCCUCCACAUAUCACCAAGCCCAAGGAGUGCAAGAAGCUUUUCAUUGUUCACCUAUCUGAAAGAGAGUAUUUCGCUGUUCCAAGGAAUUUGAAGCUGCUUGCUGUUCCACUGUUUGAACUCUACGACAAUGUUCAGCGAUACGGGCCUGUCAUCUCCACCAUCCCACAGCAGCUAUCAAGGUUCCAGUUCAACAUGGUUAGCUCUUGAGUCUUGAAGGUGACGAGUCUGGAAGAUUAGUGUGCGGGAGACUUCCUUUGUCGAUUUAUGUUCAGAUGGACCUUUUGACGUGCUGAACCAGCUGAUCAACCUAGCGUGACUGAUUUUAUUCAUCAUACCGGAUUUUAUCAAUUAUGCAUAUUUGACUACAAUCUAGACAUGCAUUUGGACUGUAUUUUUGUCGGAUUAUUCUGUUAUUGCAGCACAAGCUGGUGCAUGGUAUAUUUUAGAUGAUCGUUUGUUGCUUUGCCGCCCUA